CAUCUAUGCAAACAAAUGUAACAAAAUGAUAAAAUUUAUUCUUAUGAUCAAUAAACAAGGGCAAACCAGGUUCAGUCAUUAUUACACAAGUCUGUCUGUAGCUGAGAAAUGCGCCUUGGAGGGAGAGAUUUUCCGGAAAUGUUUAUGUCGUGAUGAAAACCAAUCUUCUUUUAUGCAUAUACGUCAACAUAAGAUUGUUUACCGAAGGUAUGCCAGUUUGUACAUAAUCAUCGGCGCUACGGAGAGUGAGAAUGAGCUUGCUUUGAUAGAGCUUAUACACAACAUUGUGGAAACUCUAGAGGGUUAUUUUGAAUCUGUAUGUGAAUUUGAUAUUAUGUUCAACUUGGAAAAAGUCCACUAUAUAAUCAAUGAACUUAUAUGUAACGGAAGGAUCAUUGACACCAAUCGCUCUAACGUUCUCCACCCACUGUUUUUGAUGGACAAGGCUCCUAAGAAUGCAUGAUACUAUCCACUUCGGAACAGAUAGAGUCUUUUCUAUUUCCAAGCACGGCGUGAAACCCGU